GUUAUAAAAGUGACAUAUUCAACAUGAAAACGUUAGUUUAACGUGGAAGAUGGCGGAAUACGGACUUGACGUACAGGGGGGUGGGACGACCACCUCUCUGCGUCAGUACGCAGCCGCCGUAAGCGAAGGGUUUCCUCGAGUGACGCGUGUGAGACCAGUAGAAAGUUCUAUUGCAUCUCGAAACAAACUCGAUAUUUUACCCGUUAAUCUUGACGGUUCUAAUAAUGAGAUUAAUGAUAGUUAUAUUGAAUUUAGGAUUCCAGGCGUUCCUGGACAAUUUCUGGAUCUCAGUACACUCUCGAUAGACAUGAAGACGCGCGUGACCAAGGUGGACGGGUCGAAGCUUGGUGAUACGGAUCAUGUGGUUUUUGCUAACGGCUUUAGUAAUACCCUUUUUAAAAAUUGCACUUGCUACCUCAACGAACAGAUGGUAGAAUCCAACGCCCUCUUUAAUUAUCAUGCCUUUGUUAAAAUGAUAACGUCGAUCCCCCAAGAAAAGUUAGAUUCGAUUGGACGUAGUUCCUUCUUUUUCCGUGAUGAUCAGAGUGAAAAAGGUAUAGUGAACACGUAUAGUGACGAGUACUUUACAGGAGCCAAUAAACAAGAAAAGGAAAUGAUUGCCAACAUAAAAGCACACGGUCUUAGUAUGACAGCACCUUUGCUGUUAGAUAUUGCGAGUCUAGACGCGUAUCUCCUCGACGGCACAGAUGUGAGAAUCAGGUUGGAAUUAGCAAGCAAGUCGUGGAUUCUAAACACAUCUCAGGAUGGAGAUCUCUUUAAAUUUGCGCUCGAAUCAGUAAAACUAUGGGUCGAUCGCGUCGUGCCGCACGCAUCAGCGUUAUCGUCACUCAAUACUUCACUCGCGUCGAAAUCCUUGCAGUAUACAUACAAUCGAACCCUGUAUAAAACAUAUGUCUUAGGAAUCAAUCAAACGAGUUUGCUGGCCGAAUUGCCGUUUGCACAAAUCAUUCCACAGAAUCUGAUAAUGGUUAUGGUUGACAUGGAUAACAUGUCUGGUUCUUACAACAAGAACGGUCUUUAUUUCACUCACGCGGAUCUCAAUCACGCUCAUAUCACCAUUAAUGGGUCAACGGCUUAUAAUAUUCAUGCUCAGUUUCCCCAUCAUGUCUCUCGACUCUUUUAUUCGACGCUAGAAGGACUUGGCUUGGAAACAACUAACAAUCUUACUCUCCCGGCUUUUGCAGCGGGUCGAACCUUAUGCGCUUUUAAUUUCGUCACAGAAGACGUGGAAAAUGGGAUUCCCCUCGAUAAAAAUGGAAACAUGCGUAUCUCUUUAACUUUUAAUAAAGGACACAACAGAAAUCUCGUCAUUAUAUUCUUCGCCGACACGACAGGCAUAAUUGAAAUUGACGCGCAUCGUCAAGUAACGUGUCAGGUUCGCGCGUAAAAUAAAAUGAAUGCACUGGAAAUCGAACGAGGAUUAGCGGGUGUACUGGGGGAUAAGAUUAUUUUUUUAGGUUGUCAUCCUGAAAGUCAUGUCGGUAAGCUGCUUGAACAUGCAAAGCAGCAGCUAAAACCCAUUGUCUUUAUUCUGAACACUCUGAAGGGGGGAGAAGUCAUGGGUCACUGGAUCGCUAUAUACAUUCAUUAUGAAACUCAAACACUCGGUUACUUUGACACUUAUAACUUAGAUCCAAGGUUGUAUUCACUGUCAUUACAUCACUUUAUACAAGUACA